AUGGUGCUUCGAAAAACACCAACGGGCACAUGGAUGCCAGCAUGGGUGCCAGAGUCGACUUUCAUCCUGUCGUUCCUACUCAUCAUCUGCUCCAUCGUCCAAUCUAGCACGGGCGGCUACGACGGAUCUAUGCUCAACGGCCUCAACAUCCUGCCCUCAUAUACAGACUACUUCAAGCUCAACUCUGCUACAACUGGUCUCAAUACAGCUUCGGUGUUCAUUGGGGGCUUCUUUGGUCCAAUCUUCUCGGGAGUGAUGGCAGACAAGCUUGGUCGACGACCUGCAAUUUUCUGGGGCACCAUCGUCACCUUCCUUGGCAUCCUUCUUCAGACAGCAGCUCAGAAUAUUGCCAUGUUUGUAAUUGCCAGGAUCGUUCUCGGCUUCGGUUCAGCAGUGUCCGGCAUCGCAGGAGGAGUGUACCUAUCUGAGACCUACCCUGCAAGAUACCGCGCUUGGGGCGUCGGACUACUCAACGACUUCUAUUAUGUCGGUGCUCUCAUUGCAGCAGGCAUCACCUUGGGAACCGGAACGUGGCAGAGUACCUGGGCUUGGCGCGCACCAUCUCUGUUUCAAGGCAUCUUCUCAGCCCUGUGUAUCAUCAUCUUACCGUUUGUACCUGAAUCCCCCAGAUGGCUUGUUAACCAAGGUUUCCUCGAAGAAGCAAGACUCGUCGUCGCGCAGACGAAUGCCAAUGGAGAUCUCACGCACCCGAUUGUGCUCGCAGUGUACAAGGAGAUUGUCGACACUCUGAAAUAUGAGAAAGAAGAGAAGCCCACCAUGACACCCAGAGAGAUCGUCAAAGAUCCCGUUGCUCGGAAGCGUCUUCUGGUCGGGAUGUCGGCUGGACCUUUCUCCUGCAUCGCUGGAAACAUCAUUGCUUCGUACUACCUAGGCGCAGAACUGGACACAGCUGGCGUUACUGAUAGUCUGGAUCAAUUGAAGGCGAACGUCGUGCUCAACGUCUGGUGCCUGUUCUGUGCUCUGGGGGGAACGCAUUUGAUCGCCAAGUGGGGCCGAAAGCCGACAGCCCUUGUGACACAAUGUCUUUUGGUGGCAUGUCUUUUCAUCAUUGGCGGACUUGCGAAGCUGUACGCUUCAAACCCGGAUGGCGCAUCUCAAAGCCUGGUGUACGGAAAUGUCGCAGUCAUGUUCAUGUUCCAAGGCUUCUACUCAAUCGCAUGGACACCAUUGCUUUACCUCUAUCCGCCGGAAGUCAUGAACUAUGCAAUUCGUGCCAAUGGACUUGCUUUCUCCUACUUCCUGCUCAAUGCAUUGGCAAUGGUCCUCGUCUUCGUCAUGCCAAUCGGCUUGACUAACAUUGGCUGGAAGAUGUACAUGGUCAAUGGCGGCUGGGAUAUCAUUGUCGUUGUGCUUAUCGCAGUGUACUGGGUAGAGACCAAGGGCAAGACUCUUGAGGAGAUCGAUGCCAUCUUCGAAGGCCAGAAGCAUUCUGAUGUGCCUGACGUGGAGCUCGUUCGACAAGGCAAGGCUACCCUCGAUUUGGUAGGCGUGGAGAAGCAAUUGGAGACACAGGUCGUCACAAUGAAGCACGAGUAG